AUGUCGAUCUACUCUGCAAUGAUCCUGGAGAAAAUGGUACCUCAAGUGAUACGACUUACCAACAGUAUCCUGCGUCUUUUCCACAUCCUUCAACAUCGGCAAGAACACACUGCAGAAUGCCAACAGCCGUUCGCUCCUGCUCCACCAGUGCUCACACAUCCUUACCCCUCAAUGGUUAUGCCCACAACUGAUGUAUCAAAUUUUGUUGGUUCAUCAAACCAGUACCAAUCUCAACAGUUUGGUCUUUCUUCGAUGUCAUCAUCUGCUACUACUGGUAGUAAUAUCUCAACCAACCAAGCAGUCAGUCAAAUGUCCAACCCAAAUCAAGUAUCCAGUAACAUCUUGACCAAUCAUGCAGUCAGUCAAAUUCACUCUUUGUUGCCUGGUCCUUUUUAUUUAAAAUGGUUCAGGGAACAAAAGUAUCAAAGUGUUACGGUUGUGAUGGGCACAUUCUGAAUCCUCCUAUUCAGCGUCCAGAUGACCUGGUAAUUUUUUGUCAUGAUAUACGAGAAUACCAAGAUAGAAUCACUGGCAAGCAGAUGAAGAGUAGUUCACCUCAAAACGUCCAUUUUCAUCUGAACCAGGAAUGUGUAUUAAAAAGAUAUCCAGGUUACCACCCCAGUCUUUUAGUGGUUGGACAUGAAAUUCUUCCCUUUCUACAACAGGAACAUAUCCACCGAUUAUCUACACAUUUUGGAUGGAAUAACAGCAUGUAAACACAUAUAGUAUUUAUAAUUUCACGUUCAUAUUCUAAAUACAUGUAUUAAUAUACAGGGACACAGUGAAGCAUUUGCUAGUGACCUGAGGGGAUAUGAGAAUCUACAAGAAAUUUUAAUUUCUGUUAAAAUUUAA